GCGGAGGCACGGCGGGAGCUGCGGCGGGGCUGAUAGCAACAAAAAAUAAAGAUGGGGAAAAAUGGAAAAAGCUCGUUGUUGGCGGUAACAGUGGGGGCAGGUCUGCCGUUUUCGGAGCUCAUCGGUACGCCGCCCCGCGAUGAGAGCUGCCGGGAUUAGAUGGAUGGUCUGGGAGCCGUAAUCCCAGCCUAGUUUUCAGAACGAGCCGUUCCGUGUAAAGGAGUAAAUAUCGCCUCGGGCUGCUGAGCUGGUCUCGGUACAGCCACUUAGAGAAGAUGACAGAUUUGGUGGCUGUUUGGGAAGUAGCUUUAAGUGAUGGUGUUCAUAAGAUUGAAUUUGAACAUGGGACCACUUCAGGAAAGCGUGUUGUCUAUGUUGAUGGAAAGGAAGAAAUAAGAAGAGAAUGGAUGUUUAAAUUAGUGGGUAAAGAAACAUUCACUGUUGGAGCUACUAAAACUAAAGCUGCUAUUAACAUUGAUGCAGUCAGCGGCUUUGCCUAUGAAUAUACUUUGGAGAUCAACGGAAAGAGUCUCAAGCAGUAUAUAGAGAACAGGUUAAAAACAACCAAUACUUGGAUAUUGACCUUGGGAGGUACAGACUAUAGAAUUGUUCUAGAAAAAGACACGAUGGAUGUGUGGUGCAACGGUCAGAAAAUGGAAACAGCGGGUGAAUUUGUGGAAGAUGGGACUGAAACUCAUUUUACUGUUGCUGACCACAGCUGUUGCAUUAAGGCUGUCAGUAGUGGGAAACGAAAGGAAGGAAUUAUUCAUACCCUUAUUGUGGACAACAGAGAAAUCCCAGAGGCUGUGGAAUAGCCUCUGGUUAACUGCUUAUGGUAGGACUAAGAUCAGGAAUUUUCAAUUACUGUGGUAAUUAUUUUAAUAUGUACUACUUGGUACAUCUAGUUUGUGCUGGGUUUAUUUUCUAGUUUCUGUACACAGAAUUAUUCUUUUUGAGGACCAGAUGAAAAUAAUUAUGUACAAUCUCUUACAUUACCAGUUUUUAAAAAAGCUAUAUAUAUCUAGAAUAUAUAGCAUAUUACUAUGUGUGGAGAACACUGGUGAAAUAGAAAUUAUACAUCAGGAAAAAAUCAUGCUAUAAUAAAACUAAAGAUAAAUAUUCAGUAACACUGAAUCCUUAACUACAGGUGUAUGUGGAGGGAAGAGAAAGCCUAUACUGGGCACAGGAUUAAGAUGUUAAAAGCUUUCUCUAUGAUUAUUUUUCUAUUAACCUGACUACAGACCUUUUCACAUGCAGUUAAGGGUAGUUACAUAGUUAAUAAUGAAAUACAUAGUUACCAAAACUUGUGUUACAGUAUUAAAUUAAUACUGAGUUAUGAAAACUGUUCUCUAUUCCCACUAGGAGCAAGAUGUUACAUUGUGCCAAAAAAAACAACAUUCCUUUAGGUGUUCUGAAAACUGAUGCUGUAGUUCAUAAACUACAGAAGAUAGUAGAAGAAAAAAAAAUACCUGCUAUGAAACCUCUUUAAAAAUGGUCUCUUGAAGCAUGCUGACAUAAGAACUUACCUCUGUUCACUGCUAACAAAUCUUAAAUCUACAAAUAUGUGUUUUCAUGGCAGUAAUGUGUGAAUCAAAAAUAUAAGGAAGAAGGGAACAGAAAUGGAAAAUAAUUAGUUACUUUAAUGGAAUAGUUAAAAUAGGAAUAGACUAAUUCUGUUUUCAGAAUUGCAGCAUAAUUUCCAAUGUCAACCUUUGGAUUUCUUGAGAACAAAACUAGUGUUAGACUUACACUACAAAACUACCCUUUGCAACUGCAAGCACAGUUAAUCUUAAAAAUAAUUAUUAAAAAACCUAAAAUAUUAAUAUAUUAAUCUAAAAGUUUCUUUUGUAAUGGUUAAAAAAAAUCCACUUGUAACCUCAAAAUUCAGAAUUAAACUUUUAUAACUUAA